AAAAGAGAUCAUUGAGAGAAAGAAUUCCCCAAUCAAAAUUACACAUCAUUUUCUUAUUUUGAAUGCCUAAACUUACAGUAUCUCGUGAGUAUUGACCACCACCACUUCAUAGCAUUUUCUCUCGUUUAGUCAAAGGGAGCAUUGCAUAGCAAUUUACACAACCACAAGGAGUGUUGUCGACGGUAGAAUAGAAGCAUAUCCUCCGAAACAAACAAGAGCAAUGAUGUCACGACAUACGUAAGAAACCAACACAUUCCUCGAAAAUUUUACAAAGUCCAAAACCUUGCUGCCCAAGUCCCGUGAUUCUGUCCGACUAAGAAUCACUGCAUGCCUCACAAAUACUGUGUGGGCCCCCAAAUUCUCGGAGCCCAAACCCACUCAACCCUAUAUAUUCAACACACGUUUAUAACCAAAACUAACCAUAGCUCAAAACAUAACCACCCAAUCACACAAACAAAAACCAAACAUUAUGUGUCCUUCUGGCCGGAGCCUCCGUCUACAACCUCCCACAUCCGAUUUCCGACCGGCAUUUGACGUUCUCGACACCGAUUCCGACGGUAAAAUAAGCCGCGAAGAUCUCCGUUCAUUCUACGCCACCAACAGGGGUGUCGUCAAAGACGACGCAAUCGGUGCGAUGAUGUCGGUGGCGGACACAAACAUGAGCGGGUUCGUGGAGUACGAGGAAUUCGAGCGCGUGGUUAGCGGUGACGCAGAAAAGAGUCCGUUAGGGUGUGGGGCCAUGGAAGAUGUGUUCAAGGUGAUGGACAGAGACGGUGACGGUAAAGUUAGUCAUCAAGAUUUGAAGAAUUAUAUGGCUUUGGCUGGUUUCGCCGCCAGCGAUGAAGAUAUAAACGCUAUGAUUAGGUUUGGCGGUGGCGAUGGAAACGGCGGCGUUAGCUUCGAUGGUUUGAUUCGUAUAUUAGCUUUUGAUCAUCUUGCUCCGGCUAAUUAAUUGAUUAGAGUAUUUAAUUAUAUUUUUAUAUUGUUAAGAAAAAAAUUAGCCGCUAAAUUGGUUUUGUGUUGGAUUAUAAUGGAACACUUCAAUUCAAGGCUUUGGAAUUGAUCAUUUGUAGGUGUUUUGUAUUUUUUAAGGUUAAUUGUAUUGUAAUGAUGAAUUUUACUUAAUAGUCUCAAUUAUGAGAUGCAAUUUCAGAA